GAAGACAAAGACCAUCAGUCCGAACCCAUGAUGAAGAAAACAAAGCUUCGCACGGCCAAAGACGUGAUGGAUCGUUUACGGUGGGAAAACCCAUCGGCAAGCCGUAGCAUCAUGAUCGGCUACGAUGACCGCAUAAAUGGUCCGAUGGAAAUUUCCUUCCAGAAGUUUCAAUCUAUAAAAAAUGGCGGGGAUAUCCCGGAACAUCGGAUUUUGUACUUUCGAAACGUUGAGGCUUCGUCGUCCGACAGCAGAGGCUACGGUGAAAUUGUCUGGGAUCGAGCAGGACGUGUCGACAAAAUCUUUACGCCGGAAGGAGAUUUGCGAGGAGACGUCUCGGCGGAAACGGAAACGGCGGCGCUUCAAGCCGUCGCGACUAUGACACGUUUGGCUGCGAAGGAAAAAGAAACACUAUUUUUGAUGGAGCGAGCUCUGCUGGCCAAAGCCAAUCGGUGUGAAAUGGCCAAGGCGGCGUUAGAGAAUAUAAAGCGGGAAGAACAUACGGGUUCUGGUAGGAAGCAAGCUAGUAAGACGACACCGGUUCAUACCGGUAGUCCGUCACAGUCAGAAUCGGGGAAUGACCGCAAACGGCACUUCGAAGAUGCAUCGCAUAAACCUGAACCAUGUGUAUCAACCAGUACAAUGGACACGAUACCGCCCGAGACUAUCCAGAGACUUCGAUUGGAGGCAAUCUUCCAUCCAAAAUUCGAAAACGAGAAUCGCAAUGACCAGUCUGUUCGGGAACAAAUGAAGCAACGAGUAGCAUCGCAUUCGGGGUACCUGGAAGUUACGUUGAAACACUCAGGAUCGCUACUGUUAUGGAGUGGACAACAGCGCUACUACAGCAAGAAUUCGACCGAUAAUCGUUUUACCGCAGUUGGAGAAAUUCUACUGAGGCAGCAUUUUGUGCGAAGCUUUUGGAACGAUGCCAUUGAUGCCACGGCAGACAAAGGAAUGAAAAAUUUGAUGCAGGAACGAAUGUAUAAAGCAUGCAGUGACUUUGUGGAAUCCAAUCGCUUGACGCUUGCUUUUGAAGUGGUAACAUCCGUUUUAGGUGACCACGGUGCGCGACCUAAACGCGAUUUUUUGAUAUUGACUGCUGUUGCCGACCGAUCGAAUGAACGUUUUUACUCGACCUCGGAACUUGUAGAGUUUGCCCAUCAGUUUCGUCUACCACACAAUGAUUCCUGGGUUUUUGCAUCGCCUCAGAGUGUAGACGAUCUCUUUGCGUCUUACGACUCUUCGCGAGAACGUGGACUUGCCAGUGGUGUAGUCGCUAGUUUGUCGCAAGCUGCUGAAGCUCAGGUGGCCAGCCUAUACCCUCACAUCGAUUUUCAGGGUGAAAUCAUCGAAGGACUUGUGAUUCGAUUUGUUUCUUACCGUGAUCGCCUGACUAUGCUACGAACGAUUCAACGACUGUCGCGUACGUCAAAAGACCUGACGGAAAAGGUGCCACCGUCUCUUCCCAACUGCGUAGAGUUGAUAUUGUCGAAAUCUGAUCCGUUCUCGUUGGUUCUAAGGACUGACGUUCGAUCAUUAUUCCAUGAAUCUGCUAAAAAUCAAACCCACUCCACUGCUGCAUUUGAACGUCUACUCCAAUCUACAUUAUCUCUUGGUGAGGUUCGAAGAAAGAUGAAUCGAGUGUCCCGAUCGGAAAGCAUCGACAUACCGGCCUUAGCAAAAGAAUUGGAGAAUUCAGAAAAUAGAGAGACUCAGCGUAUUGCCAAACUGAUAUCUACAUUGACUGGAAUCAACGCACGGGUCGACUAUUCUGUGAUGGAAGAAUCAAUUGAAAAUGGCGAUUCUUCAGAAUCAAGAUGGUUAUUCAUGCUUCAUGUUAUACAUGAUGCCACAUUUCCAAAGUUUCAACGCAAUAUGAGUGAAGGCGACAUGCCUUUAUUCCGCGGUUUCGCUGUUGAGCUAUGUAACGACCAGACCUCAAGUUUGAAGCAAACUUUGUUAGGGGUUUCAGAAAGGUCUGAAAGCAGUCAGAAUAGUGAUGGGGAACUUCUGAUGCUCAAGAUGAAGUUUCUUCCCUACAUGGUUCGGACAUUCGGGUGUCGGAAUGGAUUGCGAAGCCUGCGACAAGGUGGAUCAGAAUCCUUUGUCCAGUAUACCAAUUCGAUGCUGACGAAAUGGCAGGUGUCGAAAGAUGCCAAAGACACAUGGGGACCUUUUUUCAAAGCAUGGGCAAUGUACGCGAAGGAUUGGCUCGCAGCUCGUCCUAUCGGAGAAGCCAACAAGUGUUUUCCGCUCCUGAACGACUUCAACUAUCUAGAUCAUUUGGAGCGAUUUCUUGAAAUGUACGAAUCCGGAUUAUUUGCCGCUGCAACAGAAACGGCGACCAAGUCUUCUCUGAGCGGGUUGACUGUUGUUGUGGCGCCAGAUCGCUCAAUAUCUCGAGUAGUUGCCGACUUCAUUGCGCAUGAACUUGGAGGUGCAGCUCGCAUCGACGAUCUCAACCGGAUCACCGUUGACAAGUUGGCUGAUAUGUGUGCACCGGGACUUGGAGCAGUGUGUAGUGCUGUGGUUGCCGAUGGCAUUGGCCAGCUUCGAAGAUUGACGAAAGACCACGCCGACAGUAUCUCUUUAGUGUUUUUCCAAUGCUCUGAGGAAGGCAUCCGAAGCCUUUUCCUUCCAGAAAAAGAGAUAAAGAAGACGAUGGGUAUGCUCAAUGGAUGGCGAAAAACAAUAUGCUCUUAUAAAGUCGAGCUGUCUCGUUCCUCUUUGAUUGAUGUAGAGCCAAUGGAAACUGACGAAGGCUGUCGCUUGAUGCCGUCGGAGAAUUUUAUAGAGGUUUUGUCUCGGCUUCGCACCGCUGCUGUCGAUGCCGCGGAUGAAUCCGCAGGGGCCUUGCUCUUCUUUCCAGGCAUACCGGGAUGCGGUAAAUCGAGUUUGACUUGCACAGAAGUCCAAGGCGAACUUCAAUCUUCUCUGAAGCAGCGAAACCAUCCUUGCGAAUUGAUAGUGAAGGUCGGUGACCAGACUAGAGGCAAAUUUUGGCAAGUUGUAAAGCAUGAACGAGCAAAGCGUAAGGCAUCCCUCUACAUUGUCGACAAAAACGUACCCGCUUCGACCUGGGAAACAGUGGCAGACGUCUGUGGAAGCACAAAUGCUGUUGGCAUCCCAGUCUUACCCGAUGCUGUGUCCUUGGCAACGACGAGAGUAAAGGGCCUACGUAGACCAGAUGGCGCAAUCGUGGAAGAAAAGGUACACGUUUACCCUUUCUCGCUCCGGUAUCUUGCUCUUUGUAUGGCGCGAGUGUUGUCAAGAACUCCGUCUUCUCACAUAGGCAAACUGGAUCGGGGUACAAAGCGAGCGUGUAUGGUGGUGAUCAAGUUCUUUUGCUUGUAUCGCCGAAUAGCGUCUCAUGAGUUACUUGACUCGAUCAGUGCAAAGUUUAACACUGUUGGAGCGACGGUAUCGCCGAUUACCGUGUCUGUGUUAAAAUCUAGUUCUAAAAGCCUUCCAGGCGAUUUAGAGUCGCUGCUUAUGGAGGCUCUGCGGGCUCAAUUUGGUUACGACCUCGCCAGAGGCAGUAGCGAUACGACAAAGACGAACGAUUCUUACCUGGAUGCACUGGAGGAUCAGCUGCGCCAAUCCAUUGACACACAUUUAGCAGCGAUCUACGACAUGGCUGCAGACGAACAAAUAUCGCGAGGAAUGUUUGUCAAAGGAUUUUUAGAUCGUAUUGCGCAAUUGGAUUCCGUGGAACCAAAGGCCUCGAUCUUGACCAACUGCUUUCCUCCCACACCGUCUUUCUAUAAGAUUGCUUCCUUUGAUGUUGACGUAGAUGAAGUCCACAAAGUCGUCCUGAAAGUGGCAAAGGAUGCGCGGUUGUCGGUUCUAAUGGAAGCAAUCGUGGGCUCCCGUUCGGCCGCGAACGUGUGGACUGGUAGGUCGAGUGUCAAUGCAGAUCUUAUUCGCAACACUCACGUAACGAUGCUGCAUUGCGAAGAAACAACUCAGGAAGAGAUGGAGGCAGCGUUUGGUGCGCUGUGCGGCUGUCGGGGCACCAUUCAAGUGGUUGGCCUGCUAUGGAGUCCGACUGUAGCGGCACUCGCCGUCGCUUUACCGGAGAAGACGGAGUGCGGGUACGAUGUUCCUGCGUGCCGUAAUGAGUUUGCCCAUAUCACAAUUUGGUGCGCUACGGGCCAGGAAACCAAAGCGGCGAACGACUUGCCGCAUCUGGCAGCGAACGGGUCCGCGACACGGGUCGAUUUUGCGAGAUGCUUCCCGUUGGUGGGCACAAUCGCGCUUUGGUCCGACAGGAAAACAUCCAAAGGGAUUGAAGAGAAGUGACCAAUAGGUAGAUACUUGAAACGCUUUGUGAAAACAUGUUAGAUACACCCAUAUUUUAUUGGU